CAUGAGCUGGGGAUUCCUGCGAGACAUCCUAAGUGGAGUGAAUAAAUAUUCAACAGGGAUUGGCAGGAUCUGGUUGGCUAUUGUGUUUAUAUUCCGCCUGCUUGUCUAUGUUGUGGCAGCAGAACAUGUCUGGAAGGAUGAACAGAAGGAAUUUGAGUGCAACAUCAGGCAACCGGGUUGUGAAAACGUCUGCUUUGACUACUUCUUCCCUAUUUCCCAGAUCAGGCUUUGGGCCUUGCAACUGAUCAUGGUCUCUACCCCUUCUCUUUUGGUUGUUCUCCAUGUUGCCUAUCGAGAGAGCAGGGAAAAGCGACACAAAAAGAAACUUUACAAGACCCCAGGGAGCAUGGAUGGUGGAUUGCUGUGUACUUAUCUCAUCAGCCUCAUUUUCAAAACAGGAUUUGAAAUUGGUUUCCUGGUUUUGUUUUACACGUUGUAUGGUGGAUUCAACGUGCCACGCCUUGUGAAGUGUGACAUGAGGCCAUGUCCUAACACUGUAGAUUGCUAUAUCUCCAAGCCCACAGAGAAGAAAGUCUUCCUCUAUUUUGUGGUGGUGACUUCGUGCUUGUGCAUUGUAUUAAAUGUAAGUGAACUGAGCUAUCUGAUUUUCAAAUACACCAUAAAAUGUUGCCUUGAGAGAUAUGACAAGAAAGUUCAAACCAUGAAAAGUGAGUGCCAGAAGCUGAAAUACAUUGAUCCGGAUGAAACAGCAAGUACAGCUCUGUUCCACAGCAAUGCUUCACCACUGCUUCUCAAUAUGCCAGAUAAACCUGAAAGUAACUUACCUACUGACUUGAGAGAAGGAUAAAAAUGAUAUUGCAUGAUGUUAAACUUCUUGAAUUACUCCUUUUACAUGAGUUCAAAGAAAUCCAUGAGUGGAUAAGGAGGAACUUUUAUUUCUAUCUAGAAAAUAGUGUAUUCUCUUUUUCUCUUAAAAAAAAUUAUCAGAUACCUGCUGUUGGGCUUUUGCCUUCCCAUUUACCUGUAUUACGUAUUAUUCAGGUUUGUUCAGGCUGAAUCAAGGCAAUGUAAAAGGUUGAUAUUUCUACUCAGAAGUAAUAUAAAUACUGAAGCUUGUGAUACAUCAUCUUGAAAGGACAUUUGCUCAAAUAGUUGUGUUUUGUAUAUUUUAUGUGGCUGCUUUGGUUCAGUUUUUUGUUGCUUUUGAAGAGGAUCUUUAUGUCUUAAAGCUGAAAGACCCUGGGAUUGGUUAGAAUAAAGGAAUGAAAAGGGGAUAUAAAGCCGUACAGAUUAGGUCACUCUGCCAAUUCGAAUCCAGCCCAGGACAAUAUGAGUAACUGAAAAGGGCUGAUAACUUGUGGCUGCUAACUGUCCUAUGUGAUUAGGUCACUAUAUGAGUGAUGGGCUGAGCCUAGAUCUGUUUAUAUACUAAUAUUUGUACCAUUUUACAACAACAAUUAAACACACCUGCUGGCAGCCUGAUACCAAGGACUGACCUAGCUAGCUGUCUCUUAGCUACUUAAACAGCACUUAUUGCUGUAGUAGUUGAGCACCUCACAAUCUUUAAUGUAUUUACCUCCUGUGGGGGUAUUUCUGCCAUUUUUAUAGGCGGCAGAAACAGACAUGGGGACAUUAAAUGGUUUGCCUAAGAUCACACAGGAAGUCUGCAGCCCAGUAGGGAAUUAAUCCCACAUUUCCCAUGUCCCAGACUACCUCAGUAACCAUUGGACCUUCCCUUCCUCUCUACAGCUAUAGAGAUUGAAUAACUUUGUCAGCUAUCAAAGUCCUGCUUCUCAGGUUUGGGUUGAAGCACACUAGCUGGGCGCCAUGGGUGGCGGUGAGAGGAUUUCAGAAUGUGUUUCAAAAUUAUGGUCUUUUAAAAUUAACAUUAUAUAGUUAAACU